AUGGCCCCCAAGAUCCUCUUCGUCCUCACCUCCCACUCCGCCCUUGGCAACUCCGGCAAGAAAACAGGCUGGUUCCUCCCCGAGCUCUCGCACCCAGUGGCUGAACUGGAAGGCAAAGCCGAAAUCAUCGUGGCUUCACCGCUGGGAGGCGAAGCCCCUCUCGACCCCAACUCCGUCGAGCCCUACGAAGAAGACCCAGCUUCGAUCCGCCUGCUCAACGAGCUGUCUCAUCUGUAUAAGAACACAUCGAAGCUGGAAGACUGGGUCGGCAAGGAGGAUGAAUUCGCCGCGAUCUUCUACGUCGGCGGACACGGUCCAAUGUUCGACCUCGCCACCUCCACCACUUCCAUCGCCCUGAUCAAGUCCUUCUACGAAAGCAACAAAAUCGUCUCCGCAGUCUGCCACGGCCCCGCGGCCUUCGUCAACGUCAAACUCAGCGAUGGAUCAUACCUCGUUGACGGCAAGAAUUUAACAGCGUUCUCGGACGAGGAGGAGGUCAACUUCGGCACGGCGCCGUACAUGCCUUUCAAGCUGGAGAUGUCCCUGAAGGAGCACGGCGCGAAGUUUACCGCCGCGAAGGAGUUGUACGGGGAGAAGCUUGUCGUGGAUGGGAAGUUCAUCACUGGCGAGAAUCCGGCGAGUGCGAGGGCUGUUGGGAAAGCUAUCGCGGAAGCGCUUUAG